AUUUUCAAAACCUACCCGCCAUCUUGUCUAUGUUUUAACUGAAGUGCUCGAGGAAGAGGACGUCGUUUAUUUACUUCGUAUUUGAUGCGUUUUUAUUAGGCUAGUUGCCAACGAACAGGCAGUUUUAACAUAAACAGCUACAAAUUACAGGAUGGAUUCUCGCUUUGCACAUCUUUACAAGCGAGACAGCAGUGUCUCCAUGAUAAGAGUGAAAAUGUCCAGGCGACGCUCCCAAACACAAAAAGAGAACAGGGAAAAGAUGCAAAACCUCCGCAGAAACCUGGACAAACUUCCAGAGCUGGAGGUCUCUUUGGAUGUCUCCACUCUUGAGAAGUCAGUUCUUCCUUCCCAAGAGACAGGACGCAAAGCUAAAGCAGAUAACAGUGCUGCAGAGGAGAGGAAAAAGAUGCUGGCCCGCUUUAAAGAGAACAAGGCGCUGCAGAAGGAGAAAGAAAGGCGAGAAAAGGAAAAGAAAGGCACCUUUAAGGUUGGCCUCUACCGCCCACAGCCCCUGGGCUACUUGCCCUUGAAUCCUGUUGUACCGAGCACAAAAAUGACCACAGAAUCUGUGCAGUCCACCAGAGUGACCCGUUCUAUGAAACAGCAUCUACAGCCAAAGCAGCCAGCUGAAAAACAGACUGCACCAAAGAAGGCUGAGCCACCCAGCACCAGAGCUAACAAGUCGUCAGUGCCAGCGACUGUCAGAGGCAGAACUGCUGCAGUUGAACCAGUUGUCAGAGCUCCAACUACUCGAUCAGCUGCUAAAGCUGUGACAGCAGCUCUAACCACCAAAUCUGUGGCUAAACCUGCUGCAGAUCUCAGACCUCCCAAAACAAAAUCUGCUAAUAGGCAACCUGCAGCACCCUCUUCAGGUAGAGGAAAAAACAUGCAGGGACAUAUAGAGUCUGUGGCAGAUGAAAAGAAGGAAACUAAGGUUGCUGAUGUGGUGGUCGCUGCUGUGAAUCCCUCCCCUCCUAAAGAGGAAAAGAUGGUGGAAGAAGCUAAUGUGACUCCAGUUUCAUUUGCUCCCCAAGGAUUUGUGUUCCAGCCCCCUUCUGGUCUGAGAACAUUCCAGCCUACACCCCUUUCUCCUCGCUCAGCUGAUGCCUUCCUCUCACCCAGCUUCUCAGUUGAACCCCGGAUGGAGUCUGCAAGCCCAAUUUCUCCACCAUCUGACUCUUCCUCUGCUCCUCCUCUUUCCUCACCUCCACCCUGCAUGUCUGAACCUUGUCCUGCCUCUGCUUCUAAGUCUGCUCCUAAGUCUGCUCCUUCUCCCCUACCCCCUGCUUCAUCUGCCUCUCCUUCCCUACCUCCUGCCUCUGUUCCUCUUCCACCUCCUCCUUUGCCUCCUGCCUGUCCUUCUCCUUCCUCUGCACCAUCAGAACCUCAGCAUGACGUGCCCUAUUUCAGGGCUGUAAUGGCUAGCGAGACAGAAAGGUUGACUGGGUUGUCUGAAUUUUGGGAAUUGCGAUUUGAUGAUUCCUCCAUACCGGAAGAGAUGCGGGACCGAAUGCGCACAGCUGUUGGCCAAGCCAGGCUGCUGAUGAAGGAGCGCUUCGGCCAGUUCAGCGGCCUGGUGGAUGACUGUGAAUUUGGCCGAGGGGAGAAGAUCACGACCUGCACAGACUUGCAGGGGUUCUGGGACAUGGUGUACUUUCAGGUGGAAGAUGUUGAUAAGAAGUUUAAUGCAUUGAAAGAAGCUGAAGCCAGGGCAUGGCAAGAGGAGAUCAAACCUGUCACCAGGCAGAAAAAAGUGAUCAAGAAGCCCCCUGCUGCAGGAGGAAAGACUGGAGCAGGUGUGGGAGCCAGCGCAGCUGCAAAGAGUCGUCUGGCUGCAGUGAAAGCUGCCAUGAAGGCCAAGCAGGCUGCAGCAGCUAAAGCAGCUGAGGCUUCAGACAGAGCUCAAGAUGACUCGGCUCCUGCUUCAGAUGCCCUGGCUAACACGCUGACAGCCCAGACAGUAGUUUUUCAUGGAGGCUUCUUCCAGGUGGAGAGUCCCGUCAAAGUAGUUGGUGUUGUAAGAAGAUCAUCUCGGUUGAGUGCGGCUCUCUUUACCCAGGGUUCCCCACACGGGUCUAAAUUCAGCACACCAGGCAGGCAGCAGAGAGCCACUGCAGUCGCGCAUCCAUCUCCUCUUCCAUGUGCACCUCCUACUGCAUCCCCUCCCACUUCUCCUGCUGCAGUAGCUCGCACCACUGCAUCUCCUCUCUGUACUCCUAAAAAGGAUGCUGAUCCCCUUCCCUGCUCCCCCAAACCCCUUCACAUCAGCCCUGAGCAGCACAGGUCUGCCCCCUGUGUGUCACCUAAUGGAGUCUCUCACACACAUCUCAGCCAGCCUGAUCAUAACACAAGUCUCAACAAUACCCAGUCAGAUCUCAUGCUUACACCAGUAGAUGAUCAGAUGAACCAGUCAGCAGAGAUCAAGCCACACAGUUCUCCUUGCCAGUUAGAGGAAGAACUGCCACAUCAUCUUCCUGCGCAUUCAGGCAGCAGUACAGAGCCUGAGGGAAGUGCUCAAGAGUCUGCCAUGACAGCAUUGUCCCAGGAGCAAACUGAAGAGACUGUGUUUGAUGAAGUGGACAUGUUCCACUCAGACAGCCAAGCUCACGCUAUGAGUUUCACCCACUCGCCUUCAGCAUGCAAGACAACUCCACGAGCAGAGACUGCGGAGAACUGUGUCUCGAUCCCUUCCUCCCCCUGUAUGAUGUCCACCACACCACAGCAAGUCCAAGUCAUCUCUCCAGCACCAUCAGACGAAACUGACACGUGUGUCGAUGAAAGAUCUCCUAUCAGUGCAGACUGUAAAGCGACUGAAAAUCAAGACAGUGAGAGUAUUACCGGCUUGGACUUUGAGCGAUACCUGCAACCCACAGCCCGAUGCAGCUUAUCUCCUGUGAAUAGUAUGGCAGUGGACAGGUUCUCACUUGGCCUAGAAGAUGCUGAAAUGGAGAGCCCUCAGGCCCAGGCAGAGGAGCCUGUUCAGGAUGCACUGAUGACUCCUACAGCUUUCCCCAGAAUGGCACCACUGGUGGUCACUCCCUGGACUGAGGAGAUGAUUGCCAACCCGCUGCUGUUCACCCCAGAGCAGAAGGAGAGAGUGAGACAGUCGGUGUGUGAGCGUGACCUCAUGAUGUUUACACCGCCUGCCAAUAUUUAAUUUGAGCAGAGAUGUGGACAUUGUGUGUGUGGUUUAUUUACUUUUUACUUUUUUACUUUUCACAGUAAGAUUUAUGUUAAAUGUACUUAGAUGACCAAAUUUAUAUAUAUCUUUCUGCAUUUAUAAAAUUCUGAUCAAUUAAAAUAAGC